GGUACCAUUUACUCUUCAUGCUUUCACUUUAGAAGGACAACUCUACCGGUGUCAAGGAAAAGUCAUGUCGUUAGUUGUUGAUUCAGUCCAAGCCACACUAGGAGCUUCAGAGCCAUGGCCAGAUGAUGUAUGCCUGUUUCAGCAAUAUCAAGUGGAACAAAUCACACUGCCAGACUAUGCACAGUGUCUGGCCGUUCGCACUUUCCUGCACAUGAACGGACUGCGUUUUCGGGUUGAACAGCGGACAAAUGCGGAGGAGAUGUCACCCUCUGGCAAGGUGCCAUUUAUACAGGUUGGCCUGUACCUAGUUUCGGAGAUGGAUCCGAUUGUUGCUUUUGUGGGCACCAAGGGCUUCAGUCUGAGCCGAGAGUUGUCGGACACUGAGCGGUCUGAGAUGAGAGCGUACAUGUCUAUGGUGGAGAAUAUCUUGGGGAACGCAGAGCUCUAUAUGGCCUGGCUGAAUGCAGAAAUUGCUACUGAGGUGACCAAACCCCGCUACGGCUGUUCCUUUCCAUGGCCCCUCAGGUGGAUUUUGCCCUGGAGCAAACAGAGAGAAAUCCGCGCUCGUCUUAAGUCCAACGAUUGGGCUGAUAAAAGCUUGGAUGAGGUCUGUGCUGAGGUGAAGGUGUGCUGCCAGGCUCUGUCCGAGAGAUUAGAGAAGAAAGAGUUCUUCUUUGGAGACAGACCUACAGAGCUGGAUGCGCUGGUCUUUGGUCAUCUCUACACUCUGCUGACCACCAUCCUACCCGGGGGCCACUUCACCGCUGUGCUCCGAGACUUUGAGAACCUGGGAAAGUUCUGCAAGAGGAUAGAAGACAGCUACUUUCGUCUGGGAGGGUUCGAUUGAUUCACUCAAAAAAUAUUUUUGUUUUAAGUUUUAGUCUGUGGGGAGGGUUCGAUCGAUUCACCUAAAAUUUUUGUUUUAGUUGUUCGGGGCAUUUUUUUAAAUUUGUGAAUUUCUGGGUUUAUCUCAGUUCUGGAUGUGUUUUUUGCUGUCGUAGAGAGAUGAUGUGAUAUGAAUGGGUUUAUGGGUUUGUGUGAAUCUCUUUAAGGUGUUGGGGAACUGGGAGAGGGGUGGCAAGUGUGGAGAUUGGGUAAUUGAGUGGUGAGAAUGAGAUGAUUGAAGGUUUUUCGUUCCAUCUUGGUGUAAUAUCAUGUGUAUCCAUGACUGUUUCCUGAUAUUUCGUACGAAUAGUGAAAGGCUAAAAAGACUUUCUGAAAAGCUGUUAUAUAUUUUUAGUAUAGUGGUCUCCAGCUAAUAGCUCAAUGAGAAGAAGAAAAAUCAAUGAUGUACCGAGACAAUUCAACAGAAUACUAAUUUUACAUUAGGCCUUAUUCAUAGUUUGCUUAGUAACAUGUUGGUAUAAGAUGUCCUUUUCCUGUCAUCUGAGGUGUGUGCUAAUAGCUGGAGACCCUUGUGUGUUCGCCAAGCUGUUGGAUUGUUGCUGUUUUUUUUGUCUUGUGGAAAAGUAUUAAAAAGCUGUUUUGCUUAUUUCCACAUACAUUUUGUAUGUUGUUUGUGUGUAUGUGUGUGUCUGUGUUUGUGUGUGUGUGUGUGUCAAUGUGUCUCUGUAUGUGUAAGUGUGUGUCACGCUGAAAGAGUGGAAGACAAGAGAUAGAGUAGAAAAGUGAAAACGAGAAAGAGGGGGAAGAGAAGUGAAGGCUGUGUAAGACGAAGAAAGAGAGUGAGAGCUUGGUCUAGUGAGUCUGGUACUGUGAGUCAGUCUGUGCUGUGCUUUACUGUUUUAAAGAUAUUCAAGAAUUUGAUAUUGGAAAUUGAUGCAAAGCGUAAAACUUCCGUCUGCCUGCUGUUCAGUUUCCCUCGUUAUGUUGGUAAUGAUAAAAAGUUUUGCAACUUGUUUAUGAAGCUAACCUAACUCUGUAAGGAGCAGCUAGCAACUAUAUUUUUUUCUUAUGAUUUUUUUUCGGAGAAUGUAGAUGAAUUGGUAAGAGUAAAGUUGGACCCCACAUUUUGAGCGGCAUGACAUAUUGAGCAACAUCCGGGGUCACCGUGGGGGGGGGUCUCAACUAUAGCAUACAGGAGCAGGGAACAGCGGGCUGUGAUUAUGGAUGUGCACAAAGACAUGGAGGGUUAAACUUUACUUUUAUCGAUGAAGGAUUUCAGAAAAUUCAAUUGUCAGACUUUUAAAUUAGAUAUUUCUAAACAUUUUCUUGUGUAUUUGAUAAAAAAUUUCACAAAUGUGUUGCAUCAUGGUGAAAUCAGGCGCUUGCCAAAAUGAUGAAAUCAAAGAAACCGACAUUUUUUCACUCUUUUGGCGAUCUCUUUUAUAUCCAUUUAAAAUGUAGAUUUCUGUGUGGAUUUUACUGAAAAAUGUUGAUAGAAGUUAACACCAUUUGACAAUCAUUUUCUCACUAAAUUUACUUCCUGAACUAGGUGACCCCCACCUCCUUCAAUCACAAAUAUAUCUCAACUUCUAUUCAAGACAGAUCAAAAGCAAGAUGAAUGAACAAACUUUAAGAUGAUACUAAUAACUCUAUGUGCCCAAAAAUUGACAAGCCCCUGAUUCCAUCACGUUGUGUCACAUGUAUAUAUAACUAUUUCAUCUCUCAGCAUGUUCAGCCUCGCAAAUUUCCCCUUUGAUUAAUGUGUGUGUCUCUAAUUUGUUCGAAAAAUGUUCGUCAGUGAAGAAAAUUAAUUCUAAGGGUGGAAGUGUUGUAUGUGUAACGGUUUUGUGUUGGUCUUUUUUUUUAAUACAUAAUUAUUGGUGCUCUGUGAUAGGUAGAAAGGAUUGAUAGUAUUUUUUCUGGAGUACAGAGUUGUGAAUGUGUGAGCCUGUGGCUAUUUAUUCAUAUAUUAUGGGAACAACUUUUAUUUUUCACACUUUCCUUUUGUGCAGUUGCAGAACAGUUUUGUGAGUGUCUUCUGGUUUAAGUCAAAGGAAGAAAAAAAAAAGGACCACAUUUUUGUCACAAUGUGCCAUCACUUUCAAAUGGGUGUGAUACUUUUCUACCAGCUGUCACGUGUUUCCUACCUGAGUAGAGUGAAGUGGAAGGUGAGAAAGAAAAUUUUGCUGGUGUCAAGUGCAUUUCCUCCCUCUCUCCAUAUGUAUCUGCUCUUCCUCUUCAUUGGUAGAUCUAUCCACUCUCCAUCUCCGUAUGUUACAGUAUCUGCUCUCCAUCUCCAUCGAUGUAUCUGCUGCCCUUCUCUACAAUAUGCUAUUGGAUAAUCACCUUCAACUUCAAGUGGGAAGGAAACCGUCAAAAAAAAAAAAAA